CUCUGCGGAAACGGAAGAUUUGUUUUGGAGCUGAGUCUUUAGAUUUUGUUUAAGUAAUUAAGUUAAGUUAAAGUUUAAUUUUUUGGUCUGUGUUUAUUAAAUUAAUUACAAUGGCUAGAUAUUCAACUGAACCAGACAACCCCACAAAAUCAUGUAAAGCCAGGGGAUCUAAUUUAAGAGUUCACUUUAAGAACACUAGGGAAACCGCUGCUGUCAUUAGGAAAAUGCCCUUACGAAGAGCUCAAAGAUUCCUUAAAAAUGUUAUAGUCAAAAAGGAAAUCGUCCCAUUCCGCCGGUUCAAUGGUGGUAUUGGUAGGAAAGCUCAGGCUAAGGCAUGGGGAGCUACCCAAGGUAGAUGGCCCAAAAAAUCAGCUGAAUUCUUACUCCAACUUCUUCGUAAUGCUGAAAGUAAUGCCGAUUUGAAAGGAUUAGAUGGGGAUAAAUUGGUAAUUGAACACAUCCAAGUUAACAGAGCCCCUAAAAUGAGAAGAAGGACUUACCGUGCCCAUGGUCGAAUUAACCCUUACAUGAGUAGCCCAUGCCAUCUUGAAGUGAUUUUAUCCGAAAAGGAAGAAGUCGUUGCAAAACCAGCUGGCGGAGAAGAAGCACCCAAAAAGAAGGUUUCCAAAAAGAAGUUAGCUCGACAAAAGUUGAUGAACAGAGAGUAGAAAUACUUUGUCCCGAUAUUUAAAUCAAAUGUUAAACUGAAAUUUCUCACUUUUGUGAUUAAAAAACGUCAACAAAAAUUACUGUUUUUUUUGUUCGAGUGUAUAUGCGGAAUAAAGGUUCGAAAUUGAAGUUU